GCCUAUGAGAUGGACUUGUUAUCAAACCGGCAAAACAAACUCAGCUUUCAGUAACCCCCAUAGAUAUGUACAUGUUUGCUGCAAUUUCCUCACGAAAAAUGCACCUUCUCUGUUUCUUCAAGCAAUUCCACUCUGUAUUCCCUAUCAAUCCCUACCUGUAAACUUCCAUUUUUUAUUCAGUCUCAUAAGUCUAAACUCUAAGAAACCUCCUCAACUACCACCCAUACGACAUUCCAACCAUAUACUCUUUCUUCAUUUAUACACCCUUUUCCUUCUCUUUGAGACAAAAACCCACAAGACCCAUUUCCAUUUUCUCCAUUUCUGGUCUCAGAGAUUGCUUUGCAGUUAGCAAAAUGAGGAUUUGCAUAUGGGUUUUUCCUGUCCUUAUCGUUUGUGGUCUUGUUUGUAGGAUUAAUGCUGACCAGACUGCCCGUACUGAGCGAAUUUCAGGAAGUGCUGGUGAUGUCUUGGAUGAUGAUCCAACAGGAAGGUUGAAAGUUUAUGUAUAUGAGCUUCCGAGCAAAUACAACAAGAAGCUUCUUCAGAAGGACCCAAGAUGUCUGAAUCAUAUGUUUGCCGCCGAGAUCUAUAUGCAUAGGUUCCUCUUAUCCAGUCCUGUUCGAACCCUCAACCCUGAAGAAGCGGAUUGGUUUUAUACCCCGAUAUACAUCACUUGUGACCUUACACCAACUGGCUUGCCAUUGCCCUUCAAGUCUCCACGGAUGAUGAGAAGUGCAAUACAGCUCAUCUCUUCAAAGUGGCCUUAUUGGAAUCGUACAGAAGGGGCUGAUCACUUCUUUGUUGUGCCCCAUGACUUUGGAGCCUGCUUUCAUUAUCAGGAAGAGAAAGCUAUUGAACGGGGCAUUCUUCCAUUACUCCAGCGUGCUACAUUGGUUCAGACUUUUGGACAACGGAACCACGUGUGCCUAAAUGAAGGUUCAAUCACUAUUCCUCCAUACGCUCCCCCUCAGAAAAUGCAAGCACACUUGAUUCCCCAAGAGACUCCACGGUCCAUCUUUGUCUACUUCCGUGGCUUGUUCUAUGAUGUUAACAAUGACCCCGAAGGUGGUUAUUAUGCUAGAGGUGCAAGGGCAGCAGUUUGGGAGAACUUCAAAGACAAUGCACUUUUUGACAUCUCAACUGACCAUCCAACCACCUAUUAUGAAGACAUGCAAAGAGCUAUAUUUUGUUUGUGCCCUCUGGGAUGGGCUCCAUGGAGUCCUAGGCUUGUUGAAGCAGUGGUAUUUGGUUGUAUUCCUAUCAUUAUAGCAGACGAUAUUGUUUUACCCUUUGCUGAUGCUAUCCCAUGGGAAGAAAUUGGAGUGUUUGUGGCAGAAGAAGAUGUCCCUAACCUGGAUACAAUUCUUACAUCUAUACCACCAGAAGUGAUUCUAAGGAAGCAGAGAUUGCUUGCAAAUCCUUCAAUGAAAUCGGCAAUGAUGUUCCCACAACCUACACAACCUGGGGAUGCUUUCCAUCAGAUACUGAAUGGACUGGCUCGCAAGUUGCCUCAUAAAAAGAACAUUUACUUAAAGUCUGGUGAAAAGCUUUUGAAUUGGACUGCUGGACCUGUAGGGGACUUGAAACCUUGGUAAUAGAAAUGGUUUAGCAUUGUAUUAUGUUCACUGAUUCUUCACAGUCCUGUGCUGUAUCAAAUUGAGAAAGGUGUUGACCUAUACCAGAAAUGUAAUUUUUCCCUUUUUGGGAACUGUAAUUUUGUAAAAAUGGUACUUUCUGGAAAUUCCUGAAGGUAAUGUGUAUUUUGCCAUGUCCAGCAGCUAAUUCAAAAUUUUGCAUUUUGGUUUCAA